AGGGCUGUAGGAAGUUAAGCAGAGAGGAGAGACAGAAGAGAGAAGAGGCUAAAGACAGUUAAAAUCAGCCUCCAAGCUAGCUUCCAAUUCUUGGUGAAACUCGCAGAGGGAGACUGAUAAGUCAUGAAGUUAAUUGCCAUCCUUUUCCUUUGUUCCACGCUGCUAACAAGUUUAGCCCAAGAGGAUCAACCACAAGAAAUUGACUGCAAUGAUGAGGAUGUAUUUAAGGCUGUGGAUGCAGCUCUGAAGAAAUACAAUGGUCGACGGAAAACUGGCAACCAGUUUGUAUUGUACCGCGUAACCGAAGUCACCAAGACGGAAGAACAGAACAUAUUUUAUUCUAUCAAGUAUGACAUCAAGGAGGGUGACUGUCCUCUUAAAAGUAACAAAACCUGGCAGGAGUGUGACUACAAAGAACUUGGGCAAGCUGCCACAGGAGAAUGCACGGCGACCAUAGGGAAGAGACCAAAUAUGAAAUUCGCCGUUGCUUCUCAGACCUGUCACAUUACUCCAGCCGAGGGACCUGUGGUGACCUCCAAGUAUGAAUGCCUUGGCUGUGUACACCCCAUAUCCACUGCCAGCCCUGACUUGGACCCUGUUCUGAGACAUGCCAUUCAACAUUUUAACAACCACACUGAUCAUUCGCACCUCUUUGCUCUGAAAGAAGUAAAAAAGGCACAGAAACAGGUGGUGUCCGGAUGGAAUUAUGAAGUUAGUUACUUAAUUCAGCAAACUAAUUGUUCCAAGGAGAAUUUUAAAGUCUUAACCCUAGACUGCAAAGCUCUUCCCAAUGGUGAUAACGGUGAAUGUACAGAUCUUGCAUAUAUGGAUCCUCAGCUAAGAAUUGCUUCCUUCUCACAGAAGUGUGAGGUUUUUCCAGCGGAGGAUUUUGUAUUACCACCUACCAGAGUUUGUCCUGGCUGCCCCAAAAAGAUACCAGUUGACCACCCAGAUCUGAAGGAGCCUCUGACUCAUUCCAUUACAAAGCUUAAUGCAGAGAAUAAUGCAACCUUCUAUUUCAAGAUUGACACUGUGGACAAAGCAACAUCACAGGUGGUGGCUGGGAGAAAAUAUUUUAUUGAGUUCACAGCCAGGGAAACCACAUGUUCCAAGGAAAGUAAUAAAGAGUUGACCGAAAGUUGUGAGAUCAAUAAACUUGGGGAAAUUCUAAAAUGCACUUCUGAAGUUUAUGUGAUACCCUGGGAGAAUAAAAUUUAUCCUACUGUCAAAUGCCAAUCAACAGGAAAGACCUCAUUGAUGAAAAGACCUCCAGGUUUUUCACCUUUCCGGUCAGUACAAGUGGCAGAAACAAAAGAAGAAACAAUUAAACAACUUCCCCCAAGUGUCCUGGACGCCCUUGGUAGCCAGUUAAUGGAAUGAAUCCAACUGUGGAAACAAAAGAAUGUCAUGAUUUCGAUCCCUCUGAUGCUCUUUAUUAAUGUAUGCAGCCAUGGGUGUUUCUUUAAUACUUCAUCAUCCCCUUUCACCAUUGCCCACAUACCCUGGUAUAAUGCACUAAAAACUAUGAGCUUCAAAACAGCCUGGAGAGAAGUGAUGAUACUCCCAGUGGGGACACCAUCAAUUUCUAUGGACAACACAAAACUGAGUGCAGGAUUCUAAAUCUUUUCUGAAUCUUCCUCACAAGUUUUCUUAACUAGCACAGAAAAUGGACAAAUUUGCCUGUGUCCUAUAGCAAUUUGCUUUUCUAAUAACAAACAUGUAGCUUAGAAUGGAUGUCAUCAACUUUCAUUACAAAGAUUCUUGCCAUUCUGAAUAAAUGGUGGUAUCUCAUCCCUAAACAUAUGUGAAAAUAAGGAAAGUCAAGAGACUGAAUACUGAACUUCUUAACAGAGCAAAAAUAAUAAUAAAAGUCACCAGAGGUCAAAGAGGGACAACAAGAAAGACAGAUUGGCCAAAGAGAGAACAGUAAAGUAAUUGACUUUCUGUUUCCAAAAUGGGCUAGUUAUAUCAAAUAGUCACUUCCACUUCACAAAGCUCUUUUAAUUCUCUUUCUGAGUCAGAGUGUUUUUCAAAAGUUAGCAAUUUCUAUUUACUCAUUAAAUACUCUUGGCAACAAGGCUUUGAGAUAGGAGUUUUCUGUUUGUCUAUUUGUUGCUGAGUCUAGAAUGAUCAGUCCUUAGUUUUGAACAGCUCUGAGUUUAAUAACAAUGGAAGCAGGAGUAGUGACAUAGGAAAUCUUUUUUUUUAUAAUUGACAAGGGAAUAUCAUAAGAUUUAAUGCAAAAUUUAUUUAGAAAUUUUAUGAGGAAAUGCCUCACUAGCCACCCUUUAUCAUUGAAUCAUCUUUUUGCUACGACAUUGAAGAGCACCGAUUUUUACAAAAAAAGGACAAUAUGAUUGUUGUUAAUUGCUUCUAUUGUGAGGGAAGCAGUCAUUUCAUAACUCUUGCCGUGUUCUGCCUAGGGAAACAGGACAGGGCUUUAAACAGCUACAGUCCCUUGUGGAUGCAUUGGCACUGUUACUUCAAGUUAUUGGACGCAUUUGAGCCUAUGAGGUUUUAUUCCAUUUCAAAUACUAUCUGUUCUUUUCAAUAAAGAACCAAUGAUGUCAGAAAAAAAUCUCAUCUUGUCAACUGGUGGCUUCACUCUUCUCUUAUUGAACAUCAUUUUAACAGACUUUUACUAUACUUACAGAAGCAACUAAGGUCCUUCUGCCUGUACAAGGGCCGGCCUCAGGAGGCAGGGACAGAGCCAACAUCUGAGAGUGAGGUCUCUUGACCAGUGGCCAGAAUCUCCAUGCCUGGCACAAUAAUCCCAGCCUGUCAGCAGCCUUGAAUGGAAGGACAAGAAGAUGGGAGAGAAUGUCAAUAGAGAAGAAUGCCAUUUUAUUGUUCUGGUUCUGGGUGAAAUAAAGUUUGAUCUUCAUGUUCUCA